AUGACACACAUACCAAAUGCUACUCAGCCAGCAACUCACACAUAUGCUGCUUAUGCAUCUUACAGUAUCAGUAGGCCAAUUGAAGCACAGUGUGGGUUAAUCUCAGCUAUUUUAGGCACCAACUACACGUCACUCAUCAAAUCUGCUGUUAAGAAACUCAAGAAUGUCUGGAAGCAGAUUCCAGAUGUAGUCAACAGCUAUGCUGAGGCUUUAUCCAAGCUUGAUCAUUCUUCACACAAAGUGUGUCUGAUCAGCCUAUUGACGCAACAUUGCAAUGAGUGUCAGCUUGGCAAUGUACUGGGAGCUUACAGUACAGCUUUUUUAGAUGCAUACAUCAAGGCAGUCUUUGGCGGCAAACACAAGCCUCCGGUUCAUGUUCUGCAUGUAAGCAAGUGGUUGUUGUGUCAGGUAACCCAUCAGCAAUUCCAAGACGUAGUUUUACCUGCAGUGCAGAAGGCAACGCUGAGGAGCCCAGAGAAAGUACUCCAAGCGGUUGGCUACCUAUUCAGUGGAGUAUCUUUAGACUUAAGUCAGUAUGCUCAGGACCUAGGCAAGAACAUCGCAACCCAUUUACGUGCAAAGGAGGAUAUGAUGAGGGAAGAGGCAGCUCUUGGGGUCAAGCAUCUUGCUAUGCAGUGCAGUGAUGGAGAUGCUAUACAGCAACUGGCUUCUCUUUUCUUUGCUGUUCUGAAUGGUUCGGAGGGUAAACUGACCAUUGUUACACAACGUAUGAGCAUGCUGUCAGGUAUUGGCAAUCUCAGUUACAAUGGAGUCAUGGGAAAUAGCUCAGUCCAGUCAUUGGCUUCCACUGUAAUAGAGCAGUUCAUUGGUCCCUUGCAACAAGAAGUUCAUGAGGCUACCUUGGUUCAUACCCUGUCCAUGAUGUCUUUAUGGUGUGCCAAGUUCACCAGUAAGGUACCCCAGAAGCUCAUUGAUUGGUUCCAGAAAGGCAUGGCUCUCAAGCAGUCUUCGUCAGCUGUUAGGAAUGGAUAUAUCCAGUGCAUGCUGGCAGCUUUCAAAGGUGACACUGUGCUUGAGGGGCUUGGACUCCUACCCUUGCUCAAGCAAUCCUUGGAGCGUGCUCAGACACAGUCUAACCUUGUGAACAUAGUAACAGAAGGGCUUUCAGCUGCUAAUCUCAUGGUAUCCAUGUACAGUGCAGAUACUGAAGCAGAGUCCAAGCUGGCCUGGGUGUUUGGGGUAGUGUCUGAUCCUGAAAAACAACUCUUUGUAUCAGAGAAAUUUCUCUCCUCGGCAUCAGAGGAAGCCUUGCAGACAUUACUUCAUCUCACUGAGAAACUGCUGAUAGACCAUGCAGACAAACUGAAAUCAGGAAGUGAAAGGUUGUACCACCAAGCUGUGGUUACCACCCUCCUAUACCCAUCUUGGACGCUGAGAAAAAGUGGCCAGCUUGUUGCCAAGAAGUUAGUCAUGAGUGGCAGUGGUCUAUCUGUGGCUAGGUCAUUGCUUCAGGAACUGCGGGCGGCAAUGGUAACACAAAAGGUUAUUGACCCCAACCAAGGUGAUGUGAAUAAUGGAGAGACAGCAAAUUCUGAGUCAAGACAGGGUAUUUCAGCCAUGGUGCUGGCCUCCUCUCUCCAGUCACUGAUUGUGAAUGCUGGGUCCUGCUUGGCCAAGAAAGAAGCUGGCAUGCUGGUAUUGGAUGCCUUACUGGAUGUACAUACGCCCUGUAUGGUUAAUGCCAAGCCCAAGCUGUGGUCAAGUAUAUUACACAAGUUGGAUAUAGAGCCAGUCCAACUAGUAGCAGACAAUGCACAGGUUAUCUUUACCAUGUUGUUAAAUGGACAGACUGACUCCAGAGAGACAUCCUGCAAUGCUACAGCAACUGUUGUCAGGCUAGCCCCAAGACAGAUCCUACCAACACUUGUCAAUCAUACAAUGGGUUGUCUUGAAAACCCAGACCUGGCAACUGUUACCAAGGAGGAAUAUGACAUCAUGAAAACACCAGAGGGAGAACUGUACAACAAAGUCGUCAUUGAAAAGAUGGCAAAUGAUGGCCCAGGUACUGCUAACAUGAAGAGAGAGAGUAAGGCAUACUCUUACAAAGACCAAAUCAUGGAACUUGAACUCAAGAAGGAACUGGAAGCCAAAAAGAAAGCCCAGGGAGUCAAGAUAGAAGUCAAAUUGACAAAGAAACAGCAGGAAGCAAAAGAUGCUGAACUUGCCAAAGAAUCAGUGAUAAGAAAACGAUGUAAACAGCUUGAUCAAGGAUUAGCCUCUGCAGCCAAUCUGCUACGUGCUAGCGUCAAAGGCAAUCCGACUGCAGUGUGUCGUCACAUCCCUAUAGUGGUGCCUGGUCUGCUGUCCCUUCUAUCAUCACCUCUGGCAGCCCCCUACGUUGUUGAUACUUUCCUUGACCUCAGGAAAUGUGUCUUUCAGAAGGAAGAAUAUUACACAGGAGCUACUGUGGCUUACUGCACCUUGAGACUCUCUAAUGUAGCGUGCACCAUUGAUUUUAACUGGUGUCAUGAAGACAUUGUUGACAUGGCAACCAGAGCUGUGGAAGUCAUCUAUGGUGGACAGGCAUCACAGUCUCAGGAAGAUGAAGAUGAUGACCUAGCUGAUGAUAGGGGUCAGAAUAGUCUUCAUUCAAGAUGCUUUCCUGCGCCAACCUUUGCUUACUUCUUCCCAUUACUGAGCCUUGUACUCAAGAAUGGUGGCACUGCCGUGAACAAGGACGAGGCUGUGGUCAACAAAGCCCUUGCAAUCAUGUCUGCACAUGCCCAGUUGCAUUGUGCUGAUGAUCUUGAGGAUGAGAUUGAUGAGACUGGUCCAGAACUACUCCCACGCUGUGCAAUGCUGAGUCUCUUGACUCAUCUAAUUGGCAUCAGUGGACCUGUCCUACAGCAGACAGCUACCAAUGCAUUGGUCAAUUUGUGUCAUAGCGCCGGGGGCAUGGAAGGAUGCACUAUAGCAGAACAAGAUGAGAUUGAUGUCUUGUUAAAUGCCUUACAGUCUCCUUGCUUUGCUGUGAGGGAAGCUGCUCUCAAGGGUCUGAGAGAACUGAAUGAAGUCCUGCCUACAAUGGAUACAGACAGAGAGCAUGCAUUGAAUCUGAUGCAUAGGGUUCUCAUAGCCAGACAAGAUCCAGAAGACACAGUCACGAUGCUAGCUGAUGAGUUGUGGAAUGAAGCAGGUCUCGUUAUUGACCGUGACCUUUGCUCCCUGACUAUUGAAGAUGUCAUUCACACUGAGGAUGUAAUUCGUCAGUCAGCUGCACUAUCACUUGCUUCACUCCUCGAUGAAUACCCAGAAUAUGUGGAGGAAACGCUGACAAAGCUCUUUAAACUCCAUAAAGACAAACUACAUAUUCCUCCACCUGUCCUGGACAGCCUUGGUCGUGUCAUUUCAGAAUCACCACCCGACCAGUACCCAGCCCGCAGUGGGAUUGGCGGUGCCCUCGGCAAGAUAUCCCCCUACCUCAUCAAGGGCCAAGUCUUGGAGAUGAUUGAGUUUUUUGUAUCUGAGGGUCUGAAUGAUCGUAAUGAGGAGGUUCGUCAAGUCAUGCUGCAGGCUGCAACAGCAGUCAUAGACAACCAUGGCAAGGACAAUGUAGCCGUGCUCCUUCCAGUCUUUGAGAAGUUCCUUGAUGAAGCACCUAACACCUCAUCCUACGAUGCAGUGCGACACAGUGUGGUCAUAUUGAUGGGAUCACUGGCAAGACAUCUGGACAAAUCAGACCCAAAGGUCAAGCCAAUUGUUGCCAAGUUGAUAGAAGCUCUAUCUACACCUUCCCAACAGGUUCAGGAAGCGGUUGCCAACUGUCUGCCUCCUCUGGUACCUGCUAUCAAAUCUGAUGCACCAGCAAUUGUCAAAACUCUCCUAACAUUGCUAUUGGAAUCAGAGAACUAUGGGGAGAGGAAGGGAGCUGCUUAUGGACUGGCUGGACUUGUCAAAGGUCUUGGAAUACUGUCUCUGAAACAGCUGGAUAUCAUGUCCACGCUGCAGGAGGCCAUACAAGAUAAGAAGAAUUUCAGACGAAGAGAGGGAGCUCUGUUUGCCUUUGAGAUGCUGUGCACCAUGUUGGGACGUCUGUUUGAACCUUAUGUGGUCCACGUUCUUCCUCAUCUCCUACUGUGCUUUGGGGAUGGUAAUCAGUAUGUCAGAGAGGCAGCUGAUUAUACAGCCAAAGCUGUCAUGAGUAAGCUAAGUGGACAUGGUGUCAAGCUGGUACUACCGUCACUACUAGCUGCACUAGAAGAAGAUUCAUGGAGGACUAAAACAGGUUCUGUGGAGUUACUAGGAGCCAUGGCAUUCUGUGCACCUAAGCAGCUAUCAUCCUGCCUGCCAAGUAUUGUACCCAAGCUCAUGGAGGUACUGACAGAUUCUCAUAGUAAGGUGCAGAAAUCUGGGGCUCAGGCUCUCAAACAAAUUGGCUCUGUCAUCAGGAAUCCAGAAAUUCAAGCCAUUGUACCCAUGCUGUUGGAUGCACUGUCCAAUCCAUCAGGCAAAACCUCAAAAUGUUUGCAGGUGUUGUUAGCUACCAAGUUUGUCCACUUCAUUGAUGCGCCCUCGCUUGCCCUCAUCAUGCCAGUUGUGCAGCGAGCCUUCCUAGAUCGGUCCACAGACACAAAGAAAAUGGCAGCCCAGAUUAUCGGCAAUAUGUACUCACUGACCGACCAAAAGGAUCUGGCUCCCUACCUUCCAUCAGUGAUGCCAGGUCUUAAAGCCUCUCUCCUAGAUCCUGUACCAGAAGUCAGGAAGGUUUCAGCCCGUGCUUUAGGCGCUAUGGUGAAAGGCAUGGGAGAGAGUAGCUUUGAUGAUCUGCUACCAUGGUUGAUGGAGAAGUUGACUGUUGAACAGAAUUCUGUGGAUCGAUCUGGUGCUGCUCAAGGUCUGAGCGAGGUCAUGGCUGGUAUGGGAGUGGAGAAGCUAGCCAAGUUGAUGCCUGAUAUUAUCAAGACAGCUGAGGCACCAGAUAUCCCUCCUCAUGUCAGAGACGGAUACAUCAUGAUGUUCAUCUAUCUACCAGGAACAUUUGGCGACAAAUUCACAGUGUAUGUUGGCAAAGUUAUCCCUGCUAUCUUGAAGGCCCUAGCUGAUGAAUCAGAGUUUGUACGGGAUACUGCCUUACGGGCAGGUCAGCGCAUUGUUCACAUGUUUGCAGAGACAUCAAUAUCUGUCUUCCUACCUGAGCUGGAGAAGGGUUUGUUUGAUGAUAAUUGGAGAAUCCGUCAUAGCUCCGUUCAGCUUCUUGGUGACCUGCUGUAUCGAGUGUCAGGGGUCACAGGUAAACAGUCAACAGUCAGUGGAGAGGAUGAUAACUUUGGAACAGAGCAGUCAACCAAGUCCAUCCUGAAAGUGUUGGGCGUUGAGAGAAGGAAUCGUGUUCUGGCUGGACUGUACAUGGGUCGGUCUGAUACAGCAUUGAUGGUUAGGCAAGCUGCUCUACAUGUCUGGAAGGUGGUGGUUGUGAAUACUCCUCGCACUCUACGUGAGAUCCUAUCAACACUCUUUGGGAUGCUGUUGGGUUGCCUGGCUAGUACUGGUUAUGACAAGAGACAGGUUGCGGCUCGUACUCUAGGGGAUCUUGUUAGGAAGUUAGGAGACCGAGUGCUUCCUGAGAUCAUCCCCAUCUUAGAGAGAGGUCUGGAAUCCCAGCACAGUGACCAGCGCCAGGGGGUGUGUGUAGGUCUGAGUGAGAUCAUGGGAUCAACCAGCAAGGAACAGGUUUUGGGUUUUGUAGAUAACAUUGUACCUACCGUCAGGAAAGCCCUGUGUGACCCUUUGCCUGAGGUCAGAGAGACAGCUGCAAAGACAUUUGAUAAUCUACACGCCACUAUUGGACACAAAGCGUUAGAUGACAUACUGCCAGAUCUGUUGAAACAACUUGAUGAUGAAGAAAAAGGAGCUUAUGCUUUGGAUGGUUUGAAACAAGUCAUGAUGGUCAAGAGCAGAGUGGUUCUUCCAUUCCUCAUUCCNNAGAUGAUUCAACCUCCAGUCAAUACCAGAGUUUUAGCCAUCCUCUCUGAAGUUGCUGGUGAAGCACUUACCAAACACCUCAGUAAGAUUCUUCCUGCCUUAAUGGAUGCCCUGAAAAACAGUGUUGGAACUCUGCAAGAGCUUGAGGAGCUGCAGCAUUGCCAAACUGUUGUGCUAUCAGUCAAGGAUGAGUUAGGUCUUCAGAUUAUCAUGGAUGAGAUCUUACCUGCCACCAAGAGCCCUAGCGCUGGGGUGCGGCGAGCUGCAGCUACCAUUCUGUUUGUUUACUGCAGUCAGACAAAAGUCAACUACUCUCAGUUCGUCCCAGCACUUCUACGAAGUUUGAUAUUUCUGAUGAAGGAUGAAGACCAAAGUGUGUUGGAUGUUACCUGGGAUGCACUCAAUGCAGUCACUAAGAGUCUGUCUUCAGCUGACCAGCUGCAGCACAUCUCUUCCCUUCGCCAGGCCAUUCGCUAUGCCUCAGAAGGCCUACAUGGCAAGGAGCUGCCAGGAUUCUGCCUGCCCAAGAAAGGAAUCUCUCCAAUCCUACCCAUCUUCAGAGAAGCUCUGCUGAAUGGACCCCAAGAACUGAAGGAGCAAGCUGCAUCAGGAUUGGGCCAGGUCAUUCAGCUGACUAGCAAUGAUGCACUCAAGUCACAGGUGGUCAAUAUCACUGGACCAUUGAUCCGAGUCUUGGGUGAUCGCUACACUUGGACUUUGAAAGUAGCCAUCUUGCAGACAUUGACUCGGCUGCUUGGAAAGGUUGGUGUUCUCCUGAAGCCCUUCCUUCCUCAACUGCAAACCACUUUCCUGAGAGCAUUGUCUGAUACCAACCGGGCAGUACGCCUUGAGUCAGCCUCAGCUCUCUCCAAGCUAGUCAUCAUACAUGCCAGGGUUGAUCCAUUAUUUACAGAGCUACAUACCGGUGUGAAGAAUGAAGACAGUGACAUAGGAGUCAGGGAGACAUUCUUACAGGCCAUACGUGGAGUCAUCAGAGGAGGUGGUCAAAAGAUGAGUGAUGCUAACAGAAAGGCCAUUACAGCAACCCUGGUAGGGUUACUGGCAGUACCUGAGGACACUGCACGUAUGGCUGCAGCAGGCUGCGUUGGUACAAUCUGUCCUAUACUACCCCAGGAGGAACUGGACUCUCUUAUCCUAUCAAACCUUCUGGUGAAUGAUCCUAGUGCCAUAUGGGUAUUGCAACAUGGAAGGAGCGUGGCACUGUCUGUUGCCAUGAAAGAAGCUCCUGACAAACUCUUAUCUGAUAAAUACAGAUCCUUGGUACUGGAAACAGUGUUGAGAAACAUCUCCAAUGAUCGGAUACCUAUAUCUGUCAGUGGUCUGAGAGCAAUUGGAUUCUUUAGUCAACAUCUGGUGGGGAAAAAUGAGGAAUUACCUGCCAAUGUUGUCUCUAUUCUUGUCAAGAAUUUAAAUCACGCAUCCAAUGAUAUAAAAAUGACGGCUGCUCAGAUGAUAACACAAAUUGCAAAGGCAUCGGACAUGCCAAUGAGCAUGUCUGUCAUUAAGACAUUGGUCAUUGUUCUUGUUAGCAAUACCAAAGACAAGAACACAGCUGUGCAGGCAGACAGUGAGAUAGCAUUGGUAGCACUUCUCCAAAUGAGAAGCAAUGACAACCUAGUACAGUCCACCCUGAAGAACUUAGACUCCGUACCAGCUGCCAACCUUACUGAGUGUUUGAAGAGGCUCCGCAAAGUUGCAAAUCAACCUGAGCCAGCAUUUGAAGCUGAUGACACAGUCGUUCGCUGAAAAGAUUUUUUUCUCUAUAUUUUGUGAAGGCCAAAUAAAAAAAAGCAAACAUACAUCCAAGUGGAGAUUUUGUGGGUUACUUAUGUAACAACUUGAAGUUCUUUGUAAACUUAGCAACAAGUUUCUGCUAUUUGAUAUAAUUCUAUUCAGAAACUGGAAAUGAAUGGUUCUGGGUUUUGUUAAAUUUGUUGUGAUGAUACAGAAUUUGAGAUAUAUAAAGUCAUUGUGGUUGGUUUGGUGUGCAUCUCAUCCCACUUAAGACGUGUACAUAGUAAAUCAUUCAAUAUGAAGUUAUCAUUUACUCAUUACAAUACACUUACUGAUCUUGGUUGUAUCUAAAAAUUUAUAUGCAAGUUUUAAUAAAGUGAAAUUUACCAUUCAUUUGCUUGUGUAUCAGGUCAGAUGAUAUUUUCUCGAUGAUGUGAAUAAAACAUCUCUCAAGACUAUCAAUACAUGUGGUUUAUAGUAAUAUGUACAACAUUUUCAGUUUCUUUCGCAGUAGUUUUCAAAAAUCCCAGUUAAAAAGGAAUCAUCUGAAAUUGAAUUUAAUGUCAUGUACAAAGGUAAUAUAGACACGAGCCUCAUGGUUAUGGUCCAAAGCAUUUUGUUGUCAUUUUGACCAUAACCAGAUCAGAAAUAGAAUCUCUACAUGUAGGAACAUAGAGCUAUUAAACAUAGCCCCAUGGUAGGAGUUAAAUUUUAUUUCUUAACAGAAUAAAUUGUGAUGCAGAUUAAAAAUCCUGGAAUCAGACCUUUUUAGACUCCAGUAGUAUUGAAACCUCAAGCUGGAUUAUGCUUUGAACACCUGGCUACCAUGGGCGUCCAUCCUUAUUUAUUUAGUAAUAAGAGUUUCGUUUCAAAUUAAGUAAAUGUAUUUAGUUCAACCUGAGCUAGAGGUUGGCAUGGUGAAAAUAAUAGAUAAGGUUGCCAUGCCAUCUGGUCAUGACAGAGUCAAGUGCUUUCAUCAUACAAGGGCAAAUUUUCAACAGUGUACUACAUUUAACAACCAAUUUCUCAUUUUAAUUGAAAAAUUUGUGAAAUAAAGCAAUUAUUCAUAAUGAACCUAUUCUUACAAGUUGCUUAGUAUGGCACUGAUAAGGCCUUUGGUUUUAAAAUAUACAAAAUGUGCGUGUGGACUUGCAUGUCUCCUACAAAGUUGUAACAUUGAUCUGUAGCUCUUUUUUUUUGGACACUGAGAAAUUUUCCAGUCUUCAUACAUAGUCAGUGUUCAUGGCAAAUAUGAUAACUUCCUCUUUACAAAUUAUCAGCCAUGACCUUGAAUAUUUUCCCGCAUUCCUACUAUGAAGUGGUUUUGUUGGGUGCAUUUUCACGUACAUUUUAUUUUCCAUUUUAAACAUACUUAAUUGUCCUGUUUUCCUUUGAGCAAAGUUGAUAUCCUGCAUUAAUUUGAUCAGUGUUCAAGCACUCCAUCUUGCACGGCAUUGUCAGUUUCAUUUGUUGGUCUCUAAAACAAAUGUCAAAGCAAAGAGCGCUUUGCAAAUUCGUAUUUGCCUUCAAGGGUGAAAUAAAAGAUGUGUAUUUUUAAAAUGUA